UGCUUUGCAUGGCUCUGCAUAGCAGAGCCAUACAAAGCAGUGUGCUUACAGUGUAAAGCACACACACAGCACACAGUAAAACACUCCCAGCACACAGUUAACCCUUUGAUUGCCCCACAUGUUAACCCCUUCCUGCGAUCCAUGUCAGGGCGGACUGACAACUCAUGGGCCCCCCGGGCAAUAGGGGAUCAUGGGGCCUCUGUGUCCUCGCCCACACUCAAACCACACCCAAAAAAGCCUAUGAAAGGUACCAGGGGCAUCUCAUGGGGCCCCCUACUGACCCCGGCCCUUGGGCAGUGCCCGAGUUCCCAAAUGGUCAGUCCGUCCCUG